AUGCUGGAGAAGCGAAUCAAGGCAUUCGGGCUGGACGGCAGGCUGGGGAAUUACCCUGCGAAGGCGACCAUCCGAACCAGGGAGGGCCAGAUCCCCAUCGCCGAGCCCAUGCGAGGAGCGUCCCCGGCGAAGAAGGAGGUUAUGGAUCAGCAAAUAAACGCCUGGUUCGCGCAGGGUGUCAUCGAGCCAUCCAUUAGCCCCUGGAGCGCCCCGGUGGUGAUUGCUUACCGCAACGGGAAGGCGCGUUUUUGCGUUGGGGUUAUCCACGCAUUUGGAGAAGGUGAAGGCCGUGCUUGA